CACUAGAGAUGCUUAGGCUGCUAUUUUAUUUAUUGAGUUCUAUUUUCAUUAUUUCUGCUCAACCUUUCCCUUUUACUGUCAAGGAAGACGAUGCCUCUGUCAAUGUAACAUUUGGAGAGAGCAAAGUUAUUGCAAGGAAGGCUCCUUGGCAAUUGCAGAUGCUCCUAAAUGACCAGCCUAUUCUAACAGAAGCAGUCAAAUCUGGAAAACAGCUGGGCUUUGGCAUAUGGGAUGGUGUUUAUUUGGAUAUUUAUGAAGGAUACCUAUUCAGAUUAGGUUGGAUUUCUCAUUGGUAUAAUGCUAAGAACAUCACAAGCUGGUCUUCAUCAAAUCAUUCAGUGUCACUUUUGGUUUCGUCAGAUGAUCCCAAUGGACGGCAAAUCAAUGUAACACUGUUUGAUUUUGAAGAGAGGCAGUUUCGAAUGAAUGCAACAGUAGUGGGUAGCAACGCCUCAGAUAUCAAUAGAUUUAGCAUUGGUUUUAGUACACCAGAAGAAGAAGGAUUUUACGGCUUUGGUGAGAGAUUCACAAAAUGCAAUCAGAGAGGUCAUAGAGUUGGAUCAUGGCUUGAAGAUGGGUCUUGGGGCCUUGGUCUGUUUGAUAUGGCUACGUCAUCACUAAGAGUACCUGCAGGUGAAGAAUCUACUUACUGUCCAAUGCCUAUACUCUACUCUAAUUUUGGAUAUGCUAUUCAGUUUGACACUUAUUACAGAACUGUAUUUGAUCUUGCUAAGACUACUGAUGAUGUCAUGAACCUUGAGCAGGAAACCGAUCAGCUCAAUCUCAUAUUCUUUUUGACCGAAACACCUCCAGAAGCUUUCUCAAAGAUUAGUAAAAUCAAUGGACGGUCAUUGAUACCUCCUCUGUGGGAAUUUAGCCCUUGGAAUCAGAUUCAUGAUGAGAACUCAUCAGUGACAAGUGUACAGCGUAUUGAGGAUUUCUUCUUCAAAUUUGAUAUACCGUGCUCACAUGAUGUUAACACUGUUCAUUUCUUUCCUGAUGGUGGAGAAAAGGGGAGGGAAGAUGAGUUAAAGGCACAGAAUGACAAACUUAUAUCUUUGGGUGUCAAAAGCACAGCUUACUUUAAUCCAAUGGUAAAAACAACUUAUGCAGAGCUUUACGAUGAUGCUGCAGCAAAGGGUUACUUUCUCAAGAAUCAAAAUGGUGACAUAUACAAUUACACUUAUGAAGGAGCAAUGAGUUUUUUCGUGUCUCAAGUUGACUUUACUAAUCCUGAAGCUGUUAGCUGGUACCAAGCUCAGUUAGCAAGAGCUGUCAAUUUAUCGUUUCACGGAUGGAUGUAUGACUAUGGUGAAUAUACACCUUAUGAUUCUGUAGCCAGUGAUGGAACAAAAGGUCUUGAAAUGCAUAAUAAAGUUAGUCAUUUGUAUCAAAAAGCAGCUUUUGAUUACCUCCUUCGUUUGGAUCAAACACCUGGUGAUUCUUAUGCUCCAGACUAUGUAUUUUAUGUUAGAUCAGCAUACACUGCUGCACAGAGAUACACAUGGGCACAAUGGACAGGGGACCCUUCAUCAGACUGGAGUUAUGCAAGUGGUUUACCAGCUCAGAUAACAGCAAGUUUAAAUAUAGGGCUCUCUGGUAUGCCUUUCUCUGGCUCUGAUAUUGGAGGGUUUGAAUGGUAUGUUGACCUUGCUCCAGAUGAAGAGCUCUGGAGUCGAUGGACUGCUGCUGGCUGUGUGAGUGGAUUAAUGCAUGAACAAGGGGGAGGUAAAGGACUUGGACCCAAAACUCACAUUUUUGACUUCCCAAAUGGAACUAGUACUUGGAGAAAAUUUGCUAAACUCCGAAUGCAGUUAUUUCCAUACAUAUACACACAAGCACACAUUGCUCAUGAGACUGGAUUACCAAUAAUGAGGCAUCAUAUACUUCAUUUCUGGAAUGAUGUUGGAGCUAUGAAUCAAGAGCAUCAGUUUAUGUUUGGUGAGUCAUUUCUUGCUGCCCCAGUUAUUGAACAAGGGAGGACUACUAACUGGCCAGUGUAUUUACCUAGCUACAGGUCAUCUAGUAUAGAGGGACCAACAUGGGUCGAUGUAAGUUCAAACUUUCAAUAUGAUGAGGAUGACGGUCGAUAUAGAAUAGGAUCUGGAAAAUACUAUGACGGAGGAUAUGAUGCAUUUAUUGAUGUACCACUGGAUAGAGUGCCACUCUUUGCUUUGGCUGGGAGUAUCAUCCCAAUUGCUGAUCCAAGAAUCAUGACACUCAACAAUGCUACAAAUUCAUCUGUUAUUACAUAUGAGAGCUUAAAACACCUUCGUUAUUUGUGGGUUUUUGCUGAUAAAGAGUUUAAUGCCACUGGCCAUUGCUGGGACACAAACUUAUACCAACUUAUACACAGCAAAGCAGAUGAGCUGGAAUGGUUUGUGAGUGGCUCACCACCAGGUUAUACCCAUAUACUUCAAAUAGCAGGACCUUGGACCUCAUCAGGGUUACCAUCACAAGUUUUGGUUAGUGGUGGAUCAGGAUUGAAAGGUGCAGAUGGUUGGAAGGAUUUGCUGGGCUCUAAUUCAGAGUCUUUCUAUUAUGACAAAGAACAAGAGGUUUUGUGGGUGCAGUUAAUUGAACACACUAAUGCUACUAUUGUCAUGCAACACUGAAUGCUAUAGCUAGGGCUUCUUGCUUUGAUUUUUGAGAUAAUAAUUUGAAAUAAUAAUUACAAAUACAAAGGCUUAAAAAUCCA